UCUGUUACGAGCGCAAGAUGAUACUUUAGCAAGAAAUUCAAUCGAUAAUCUAAAAGUGGCGUAACAUAGUUGAAAAGCGAGUGGAAGGGAGUGAAGUGAAACAAUAAUACAACUUUUUCCAGACAACUUACCGGAUGUCAUUUCAAUUCCAGAUAUGAGGCUGAACUAAUUGAAAUGACACAGUGAUUUAUUUCAACUGACAAAUUUAAGAGUGAACAAAUAAAAUAAAUAAAUUGUGUUCUUCGUCUAAUUUUAAAAUAAGUUUUAUUUAAGGAGAGACGCUAAUUGACGUUUCAAAUUCGCUCGAUGCAAAUAAGAUUGUCAAACAAUAUAUUAUGCUAACUCGUAAGUGAAAUCUUCGAGUUAUCUAGUACAAGAAGUGAUUGAUGCAAAAGCGCGGCGCAUAUGAGCAUUUGAUCAGAGAGAUUUGAAAAUUGGAUCAAACAUUUGUAAGCCGACUUUCCUCAAGAUAGGAACAUUCGAGAUAAAUGAAAUCACGCUACGAUCCUACAUACGACGACGCGAGACAGUUGGAGCGUUUCCAACAUGAAGACUAUUCAUCGAGUUCUCUUCGGCCCGAAUGUCUGCGUGGCGUAACUGAAAGAAAAUCGCAAAACGACGUCAACGACGACAUCGUGUUCCGCAAGAGCAUUUCCGCCCCUAUAGGGGCGUUAUAACGCGCUCGUUCGCACCAAGACUUCCAUUCCCUUUCUCUAGAGCGACGCGGAAACACCCGCAGGAGCCUUCUUAUCUGAAACGACCAGGUUCGUGCGUCGGAUAUACCGUUCCGCGAUACAACGUGACACAUAUAUCCGUACUGACAAUUUGGAUCAUAGUGUUUAUCGCGAGCGUAUAUAUCGCUGGCUGGCCGGUCGGAGCUCAUUUUACACGGACUGCCGAUUUUCCCGGCAACUGAAGCGUGCACGGCGUGGUAUCCGCGCGCGGCGUCCGGUUAGUUUGUCGUCGAGUGGCGGAUCAACGGUGGAUCGGUUAGUUCGCGGUUGCUCGCUGCACUGUUCAUUCCUUCUUCCUACACCGUCCAUAUUUUAUAUGUCGUUUCUUUAAGUGAACGACUUGAAAAUCCAGCCUACUGCGACGAGCAACGAAAGAGGCAUGUCGUGACGGACGUAGCGCUCAUCGUCGUGACCCGUCGUCGAUCCUAGACAAAGAGAGUGCUCGCCUCGUCAUCAUCCAGUCGGAUGUUUUUGCGAUUCGAGAAAACGUUCGUUUCGGGUUACUCCGUGACCUGGGAAAAUUGUCAGUGCGCGCGAUGACGUCUUGACGAUGAAAUAGGGUGAGAUAGGAACAGGCGAAAGAGUGAGAACGUCGUCGCAACCGCGUACAAGAUACCAUCAGUGGAUUUCCAGUGAGAGCCUAUUCUUCAUGAACGUGAGAAAAGAUGCUGUCGAGAGUUAACCUGGUCGCGAUUCUGCUGACCUUGAAUUGCGUCAGUCGCGCGAUUGAGCAUUCGAGAACCGCGCUAGAGAAAUGGCAGGAAGAAGAGAGAGCCAUCGCUUCCGGCAAGAAGGUCCUCAGGUAUACGUAUGAUAAUGUCACGUCCGAGAGUUUUAUUUCUUCGAUUAAUGAUCGCAACACCAAAGACAAGGUAGCCCAAGUCCAUCGUUCGCUUGACCAAGACAUCUAUAAUCCUCAUUCAAAUAUCGAAGUGGAGGGACGAGACGAGGCACGGCGUAAGAAACGAAAAGUCGGCAGGACUUUGAUGGCGUUAUUGUUGGCGUACAAACUCAAACUCGUUGCUCUGAUACCAACGAUACUCGGAGGUUUGAUUCUUCUCAAGGGAACGACGCUACUUGCGGGAUUCUUCUUCGCUUUGUUCGCUACCGUCCUUGGACUGAAGGUACAUUGAUAACGAAAUCGAACAGGAUCUUUGGAAGGA